ACACUCGCUACGUUGUAUAGUUUAUAUAAUUUCACAAGGAGUAAUAAGACGUUUCAACGUCUCAAAUUAAUUAAUUUUGUAGAGAUUGCUAUACCUCACGAAUUCUACCAUUGCAACCGUCACGUGCACAAUUCGAUUUAACUCAGUCAAAACUUAUAUUUUCACUGUGCUUACUCGUUAGCAGACCGUAGGCUCGAAUGUUGUAGAACGGACUCGAGUGAGCGGCGAAGCCUAGCUAGUCGGUCCGGAAAUUACACGACUGAAGUAAGGAAAUAAUGUGAGUCGCAGACAAUUACUUGAUCAUUACUGUGAAAAACCUAGAGUGCUAAAAAUGCAUAUAAAACUGACUCUGCAGAGCGUGCCCUUUUUCAUGUCGAUUGUAACGUUGCUGUUAUACUGCACUGUCGAAUAUCACUGCUCUGUAGAUCAAGUCUCAGUCGUUGUAAGAAAGUAAUCAUCGAGCCUGCGUGACACAAGGUGAAAUUCCUGAUUUCAACACCUUAUAGGUGGUUAAUUGGAUUAUUGCUAUUCUAUCCCUACAGACAACAUUGUACCUGUUCAUGUAGUUGCAUGACUCCGGCGUGAGCGGCUGCGAGGGAGACCACGUAGAUCUGGGAGGGGAGGGGAAAAGCCAACGUGAGUUUUGUUUUGGCUGUGGCCUGCAUUCUCCAACCUGCAGUCUAAGACCUCACAAUUCUUUUUUUGUUUCUUUCAUACUUUUUUGUGUCAUAAACAGGUAUUUAAGGUUUGAGAAAACAGUGGAUGACAUGUCUAGACCGAAACAUGUUAGAAUGGUUGGGUAGACGGUGGGCAGAGAACCGGUACAUCGAUAAAACGUGCCGAGAAACAUGCUCAAUUUCAAUGUCGCCUUUCUGUUCUGCCUACAAACACGAGGAGGCGAGUCCUUGCUCCUCGUAGAUAAAAAAAAAAAAAAAGAUUCAUAGAGACAUUUUAGAAUUUUGAAGCCAGGCAACACAUAAACGAUGAUAAAAAAUUCGAAUAACUAACGAGGCUAGGGGCAAAAAGUUGCUUUUGCGUCAUUUAAAGUACAAGCUUUUUUAUUUGUAUGGCGAAGUAAUAACCCUGAAGUUUUUAAAAAACGGCGGCGAAAUCAAGAAAAAAUAUAAUUAACGAAAUAUAAUUAACUGGUGGGAAGGAACCAGGCUUACAUUACGCCAUAUAGCUGCAUAUUAUUCAAAAGGUAUUCAUUAAAAAAAGAGCUAGUCUCCUUAUUAGAAAAUUAAACGAAAAAAAAAAAAGUAACGAAGAAAGCGGUUGAAAAAUGGCAGAGAAGAUGAAAAAGGUCAAAACCGCGACGUUGUCACUCCCAUAUCAAAACCAAUACGGCUUAUGUUCCCAAACCAGGUGUAUUUAACUUUCUGUUGAAAAUAAAUCUGGAUGAAACCUCUGACAGCAUUUUUUUCCGCGUCGAAUAAGGAAAACUUCGCCCUAUAGUACAUGUAGUGACGUCAUAUCUGUCACGGCUUGUUUAUUUUUAGAAAGGAAAUAAGUUAGAGCGUGACACUAGCCUUCAUCAACCUUGAGGGCUUUGAACUCCACCCACAGGCUUGUCAAAGCAACGGAAGGCUAUUUUGUUUAUUACGGAUAUCUACCUUUAGAAAGGACUGAAAACGUGAUUUUGCUUUCCUUUGCAAAUUUCCGCGCCAUCUUUCCUCAGCCUCGGUUUCAAAUUACAACUGCAUCAUGGGAAGAUAAACAGUCUCCUGUAAUUUUUGUUGGCGUUAUGCUGUUAAAGAAGGCGAUUUCCGCACCCAUAAUUUGAUAAGAUUAAGAUGUAAUGGGUGUCUUCAAUGCCCGGUAUAAUCUCCUACCAGUUGCAGUAUUCUCUGAGAAAGGAAUCUGGAGACUUUUACUUCCAAUGGGGAGGAUAUUUCACGAUCGACCUGCGUAAACACGUCAUGCAAAGAUGUCGACAAAAGCACCUCCAUCACCGCAGAGAAAAGUGCGAGGAUUACAUGUGCAGCUGCCUAAACAGAGCCCUAGAUCACUAAACGGCAGUGCGACAUCUCUGUCUUCUUUGGACGCAAACGCUGGGUCACACUCUCCUUCUUCUCCUCGUAACAGCAAAGCAUUUGGUAUUCACAGAUUAUUUGGUAGAAGCAAAGAGAAUCAUGGUACACAUAGUGGAAAAGAGGAUUCUGAAACUGAGGAUAGUGCUUUGAAGUUAAAAUUAAACGUGCCAACAGCGGGACAUAAACAAUUCUCUAAAGUCCUGGCUGAGAUCAGAGAAAGAGCAAUGCCAUCUUCGUAAGUUGUAUUUUGUUAAUAUUGUAAUGAUCGGUUGAUGCCUUUUAUUUGGUGCAUGCACUCUUUGUACAUUAACAGGGCUGUCAUUAAGUUUUGAAGCAGCCGUUGCAUGUAAGUUAUCACCCGUAGCAGUCAAAUAAAUGGCCCACGGCCACGUUCUGAAGGCCCGAAAGGGCCUGAGCAUCUAGGGGGGUCUGGGGGCAUGCCCCCACCCCCCUCCCCAGCAAUUUUUUGAGCAUGAAACCCCUGGAAAUGCAUUUUCCUGCUUUCUAGGGCAUGAAAAUGGCAAUUUUUCUAAUCAA